UGGCGACGAUAGUGAAAGUGAAAGGCCCUUUCGGUAGAGAUUCUUUUGGUUCGGGAUUGGAGUAUUGUUGUCGGCCAUUGUUAUUUGGGCUUAAGAGAGAAACAAAAGCUAUGCAGAGCUCGAUGAUCUUCUUCUCUGGUGUUGUUCCUCCUGCUCUACGUGUCAGAUCGGUCUUCACUCCAGCGAAUCCAGCAACCGAUCGAGGUUCCAUGGCGAGUCCCUCUGGUGGUCCAAAGUGGGCUCAGAAAACCAUCACUCUUCCACCUCAACGACGUGGAUGUCAUCUCAUCACUUCUAAGAUUCUGAAGGAAAUUGGACAAGAUCUGUCGGGUUUCAACUGUGGUCUUGCUCAUGUCUUCUUACAACACACAAGUGCUUCUCUUACAAUCAAUGAGAAUUAUGAUCCAGAUGUUCAGGCUGAUACUGAGACUUUCUUGAACACCAUUGUUCCUGAGGGGAGAUCAGCUCCUUGGAGGCAUACCAUGGAAGGUCCAGAUGACAUGCCAGCUCAUAUCAAAUCUUCGAUGUUUGGAUGUCAGCUUACAAUCCCAAUAACGAAAGGAAAACUUGGCAUGGGAACCUGGCAGGGAAUAUGGCUGUGUGAACACCGUGAUGCCCCAACAGCACGCAAAGUUGUGGUCACACUGAAUGGAAUCUAGAUAUACAUGUUUAAAGGGCUUUGUAACCUCGUAGUUUUACUUACGGUCUUGUAAUGGAUGUUGUUCACUUUUUUUAUUUGAAACAAUGCUCUGCUAGUAAUAUGCACAUUAUGGUGUU